AUGAACGGUAAGUUAAUAUCCGAGCUUUUGAUAAUUUUCUGGCCUAAAAAUCAAUGGUUCGACCCCGAAAUGUUGAGAAUCUUCCAUUUUUGCAGCCUACUCGUUCGACGGUCUCGUAGUUGCUGCUCUUCUCUUCAUUUGCACGUGUGCCUAUCUGAAACGUGUGCCACGUGUCAGUAGUUGGCUACUCUCGGAGAAAAAGGGAUUUUUCGGCGUUUUUUAUAAGGUAAACGCGCAUUUUGGUGAAAUUUUGGGUAAAUUUGAUCCGAUGCCCGGAAAAGGUCAGAUGUUAGAAUUUGCGAGAUUUCUAGCUUAUAUGACCAAUUUUCUCAAUUUAUUCGACAAAAUUUCCCAAUUUUUCAGGCCGCCGUAAUCGGAGUCCGUCUCCACUCGUUCGUCGCCCUCUCGUGCCUGACUGCCGCCGUCUACGUGCUGUGCAUUCGCUGAAAAAAGAAUGGUGCAAGGAAAAGUGAAGCAGAAGACGUCGCUGCCGAAAGGAGUGAAGCAGAAGGUCAAAAAAGUAAAGAAGGAGGGACCGAAGAAGGGAAAAUUCCUGCAUAUCGCACCCAAGAAACAGCACGUCAUCGAGGCGGUUAGUCGCCUUUUCUUAAGCAAAAUUUGAGCCUAUAUUUGUAAAUUUGAGGAAAAAAUCUCGGCCCAUGUGACGAAAAUCAUCAACGACAAAAACGAGGAGAUGGUGAAGGGACGCGCCGAUACGGCCGUCGGAAAGAACAAAAAACAUUGA